GUUGUGGGGAGGGCAUACGUAAGUCAAUCCGAAGGUGGUUAACGCCGUCGCAGAUUGGUGAUAGACAUCAACGUGGAAGGUCUGUCGUUAGACUCUCUGCCUCGCAAGUAACAACUCUAUAUUUCAAAAAUGACGACAUACACGGACAAGGGACCCAAGCCCGAUGUUGGCCGCUUCCUCUGCUUCGACUACCUUACCUUCUGGGUGGGCAACGCCAAACAGGCUGCCAGUUACUAUUCAUCGCGAAUGGGCUUUGAGCCUUAUGCUUACAAAGGUCUGGAGACAGGAUCCCGCGAUGUCUGCUACCACGCAGUGAAGCAAAACAAGAUCAUCUUCGUGUUCGCCUCCGCCCUGAACCCAGGCAACGCCGAGAUGGGGCAGCAUCUGGUCACCCACGGCGAUGGAGUGAAGGACAUUGCCUUCAGCGUCGAGGAUUUAGAUGGCAUUAUGAAAAUGGCGAAGCAAAGGGGAGCCAAGAUUGUUAAAGACAUCUGGGAAGAAAAAGACGAAUUUGGAAAAGUCCGCUUCGCCGUGGUUCAGACGUAUGGUGACACAACUCACACUUUCGUCGAGAGAGGAAACUACAAGGGACUUUUCUUACCAGGCUUCAAGAAACCUUUGUUCCCACAGGACAAGUUGUUGGAGAAACUCCCCAAGCCCAAUCUUCAGUUCGUCGACCACAUUGUUGGAAACCAACCCGACCUUCAGAUGGAAAACGCAGCCUCUUGGUACGAGAAACAUUUAAUGUUCCACAGGUUUUGGUCCAUUGAUGAUUCUCAGGUCCACACUAAGUACUCUGCUCUACGCUCCAUUGUUAUGACCAAUUACGAAGAAACAAUCAAGAUGCCCAUCAACGAACCUGCCACAGGUCUGAGGAAAAGCCAAAUUCAAGAGUAUGUCGAUUACUAUGGCGGAGCUGGCGUUCAACACAUUGCUUUGAAUACCCAGGACAUCAUCGCAUCUAUCCGAGUGCUGCGCGAGAGAGGAAUGGAGUUCUUGAGGGUCCCCGACACGUACUACACGGCAUUACGAGAAAAGAAAAGUUAAAAACUUCCCCGGUGAAGAUCGUUGAGGAUAUGGAUAUCCUGCAGCAGCUCAGCAUUCUUGUAGAUUACGAUGACAAUGGAUACCUGCUCCAGAUCUUCACCAAGAACAUGCAGGACCGCCCGACCGGUCUUCCUGGAAGUCAUCCAAAGACACAACCACUCCGGUUUCGGAGCUGGCAACUUCAAAGCUCUGUUUGAGGCAAUCGAGCUGGACCAGGCAGAGAGAGGGAAUCUGUAAAAGCAACCAACCACAGAAAGAUCUCGAAAGAUCUCGACUUCAAAUUCGCCUAUUUCGAUCCAGUUGUUAUGCUUUUUUAAAAAUCUCGAAUCGACAAAGAAGAGAAAAUGUGAAAUUCAGCAAUGUUUUGAGCGUUUGCAUUUGUAUAUGCUUUGGAUUAUCUGCCGGAAAUUUGCACGAGGAAUUCGUCAAUUUUGAUACAGGUGCUCUUUGUUGAUUAUGCUGCAGAUUUCACAUAGACAACACAUAUUAUCCUAUUAAAAUUUGGUGCAGCACGAGGGUCCAAAAGUUUAAGUUUAGAGUAGUUGGAUAUUAUGAAAAAAAUACGUCACCACUUGUUAACAGCAAUCAAAACCAUACGGAGAUGUAUCAGUGUUUUCAGAAUCUUGCAACUUUUAGCGGUAUAACGAACCAAAGUUGCAAAGGACGCUUAUUUUGUUCGUAAUUUCCUAACUUCGUAAAAAUAGAUUUUUUCUUUUUUGUCAGAGGUACUGGUAAAAGGAUAUCAAAGUAUUUAGUUUAAUUUCCGAUUUUUUUCUGGCAAUAAAUGAAAAUUUAACCGUGGGAUAUAAUGUGUGAUUGUCUCAUUAGUUAAGAGAUGAAUAAUUCAAUCGAUACUUUCAUAUGUUAGAAAAAGUGGAUUGUUCACAGUUUUCUUUAUCGUGUCUCUUUGUUAUUAAGAUAUUAGCUAUUAUACUUAGUAAAUUUCAAAGUAUUUCUGCAUGCUAGUUCCUUUUGAAUGUUACUGUCAAAUGAUGGAAUCUAAGGGUGCUAAAGAUCUGUAGUAAAUCUAAUAUAAUAAACAGUAGUAUAUUUA